CACCUUCUUAUUCUGGCAUCUUCCCCUUUCCUUUCCAGUCCUGAUGAAGGGUCUCAGCCUGGAACGUCGACUGCAGAGAUGGGGCCUGGCCUGCGGCGUUCCUCCAGCACUUUGCCGGUUUUGCAGAGUCUCGCAAUGCAGAGAUAUGAGGGAAGAGAGGCCCUUCCGUUGAACCGCUGGAAUGCAGAAACAAGGCAAAAAGACAGCCACUCAGCAGUGAAACUGCUCGACAGGCAACUAGAGGGAGUUUGCUUACACUCCCUGGAAAGGUCUAUCAAAAUCCAGUACUCAUGGCAGUUACAGCAGGAGUUACUGAAGGACUAUUCUCACUUUAAUGACUGGAUGCAGUCUGCUGAAGCCACUGCCAGGGACCCUCGCACUUCACAGAUCCAUUACUCAGAAGCAAAGGUGGAGCUGAACCGGUUUGAGCUCCUUCGGAAGCAAAUAGGAGACAUGAUGAUCUCACUGGAAUCGAUAAACUGGAGGUACAGGCGUCUGGCCAGGGAGCCCAGGGUGGAAGUAGCCCAGGAGCUGAAGGGAAUGGUGCACAAUGGUAACCAGAGAUGGGACAUUCUCCAGAGGAGAGUUGGCAGUAUCUACAAGAGGCUUAAGUAUUUUGUCAGCCAGAGGGAAGAAUUUGAAAAUAAGCAAGGUCAUCUGUGGCAGCAGGUUAUGGAUUUAGACAUCAGACUGACCCAGCUGCAAUAUUUCUGCACAGAAGGAGCACCCGAAAAGAUCAAUCAAUUGCAGGGGCUCCAGCAGAAGAUCACUGGCAUCACGGCAGAGACAGAUGAGCUGCUGCUGAACGCGGAGACCCUGCUCCAGAAGAGCGAGUCCCUGGACGCUGUGACCAUUGAGGCUGAGGUCUGGGACCUCCUCCAGUUCCAGCAGGAGCUGUUCGUGAGAAUAGCUCGCUUCCACAAGAGACUGCUGCGCAUAGACCUUGAAUUGGAAUAUUUAUCCAACAACGAGAACUGCGAAGCUGACUACCCCUGUGACAGGAAGCUGGAGGAAGGGCACGUCAGCGGAUACAGGAGCACCCCAACACACAAGGAGGAUCUAAGCGACAUUGACCCCGGCCAAUCUAGCCCCAGCAGUUUGGACUCGUUACCCCUCGAGUGGGAUCCCUCUGUCGAUAUUGGAGAGGACAUUGAUUUCCGUCACGGUGCUCUGCCAGACAUGCUGACCAGCCUGGUGGGAAAGAGGACAAGGAAGAGUCAGAAGAAAUGGGGAUGGGCGAAGAUUGCCUCCAGCACACCACAGAAGAUGGCCGCGGGGCGUCAGGGUGCCUCUGAAGGUAUCAGCAUGUUGGGUGAACGAGGACCCUGUGGUGUACAGACACAGACACAUGGCGGUGGGCUUUGGCAGGAUGCCACUGAUCUUGGAAGGACGACCACAGAGACGAGAAGGAUGAGAAAGAUGAAGAGGCGUUGUCAAGGGGGACAAAGCUUGAACUGUAAACCGUCAGGAGAUCGGAAAGGUCGAGACCAGUCAGAUCCAAGACAGGACCGAAGUCUGGGACUGCACUCUCGUGCAACAGUCAAAGAUGUGGAGCAUCGGCUGUGCGCGAUGGAGCCAGAACAGAAGCAAGACCUGAGAGAAAUAUCUCUGCCAGGAGGCAUUUCAAGAGGUGGCAGCCAACUACCUCUACAAUCUGGAGCUUCCAUGAAGAAGUAUGGAUCCCGUAGAUGCUUUCUUCUUCUGUACAGUCUGCUCGCUAUCCUCGUUCUCUUUCUGCUCCUUGCCGCGAUGGCUGCCUUCUUCCUUCUCCUCUGCAUAAUGCAAGAAUUCAACUGGCACCAGAAAACCAACUUCCUGCCUUUUCACUUAACGUUGACCUAUGUUAAUGGCCCGCCAUCAAUGUAAUCAGAGCAUUUGCAAGCUCGGCUUUCGGACCUUUGGACUGUGCAGAGCAGAGUCUAGGGCAAGUGAAGAACCUGUUACUGUUAAACAUGGCCGCUGUGCCAGGAUAUGGACACUCGUUGGGUGCAUGUCCAUUUAGCCUCCCCAAGUAAUGGGGUUCAGGGUCAUGGGCACCUGUUUCCCAAGACAAAGGCUCCUGCCUCCGCUGAGGGUGCUAUCUGAUACCAGUGACACAGGUUCUGCUCUGUAGGGUCUAGUAGAUCUCUAUUUUGAGGGCCAAUGCACAGUGAGACCACAUGCAUUCCAAUGUGAGAUCUAACUGUGUUUGGGCAAUGGAUACUAAGAGCCCAAUGUGAGAGAGCAAUGUGUGGGAGUGUGGGACCACUACAAUGGGAGCAAGUGUGUGAAACUCCAAGUCCUCAAGAACAACACUUGGUGGUGGGGGUGGGAACGGUAUGUGGUUUAAGUACAGGGUCAGAGAUUGAGCUCAAAAGUUGGGUAACCACUGGACCAGGGAUUGCAAGCAAUAGGUGAACAAAACUCAGCAAAUCAAACAAUAAAAAAGUUUUUUAUAAAUACAUUUCCCUUCUUUAAACUCAAUACUAUAUUUAGGAGGAAUGAAUAAUGGCUGGAUAUGGGUUUAAUCACAAAAAUAAGCAUUUUAAUCACAUAUUCUGUCCAGUAGCUGUCAGCAUCCUGGUGUUAAAUUGCAGGAAAUGUCUUUGUCUGGAUUUGUGUAUUCCUGUCAGUGUAGCAGUAGACAUAAAAGGAUAUAAGGCCAUUUUAUUGUACAAAAUUCUUUGGGCUUGUUUGGGGAAAUUUGGGCAAAUUAUGCUGAUGAAAACUAUCACUGCCAGAACUCCAGGCCAAGUUUAGCCUCCUCAAGUAAUGGGGUUUUGGGAUAUGGACACCUGUUUCCCAAGAUAUAGGCUCCUCCCUCCACUGAGGAUGCUAUCUGAUUCCAAUGAUGAGGCUCUGCUCUAUAGGGUCUGGAUAUUAGGUACUCAGUGGCCACGAGGUUAAGUACACUUGUACACCUGCCUGUUAAUGCAAAUAUCCAAUCAACCAAUCACGUGGCAGCAACAUAAUGCAUUAACGCAUGCAGACAUGGUCAAGAGGUUCAGUUGUUGUUCAGACCAAACAUCAGAAUGGGGAAGAAAUGCGAUCUAAGUGACUUUGACUGUGGAAUGAUUGCUGGUGCCAGAUGGGGUUGUUUGAGUAUCUCAGAAGCUGCGACUGUCCUGGGAUUUUCACGCACAAUAGUCUCAAGAGUUUAGAGAAUGGUGCGAAAAACAAAAGUAACGGCCACUGAGCAGCAGUCUUGCUAAUGAGAGAGGUCAGAGGAGAAUGACCAGACUGGUUCAAGCUGACAGAAAGGCGACAGUAACUCAAAUAACCACACUUUACAAGAGUGGUGUUGCAAAGAGCAUCUCCGAAUGCACAACAUAUCAAACCUUGAUGUGAAGUGGAUGAGCUAUGUAGCAGAAGACCACAAGCAUACACUCAGUGGCUACUUUAUUACAUAAAAGAGGUCAUCAGUUAUGAAACAAAUGCACCAACAACUUGUAUGCAUGGUAGAUCUGACUGCAUCAAAAGUUGUUAAGGAGAACCCUGGAGGUCUUAGUUCUUAGCAACACACAUAAAAGUUGCUGGUGAACGCAGCAGGCCAGGCAGCAUCUCUGGGAAGAGGCACAGUCGACGUUUCAGGCCGAGACCCUUCGUCAGGACUAACUGAAAGAAGAGCUAGUAAGAGAUUUGAG